AUGUGUUUCAUGUGUGAUCCCACAGGGCCAGACCUGUACCCUCUUGUGAUUGAUGUGGGUUUAGUUGACCCACCAUGUUUUGUCUUCCCAGCUGUCUUCUGGGGAGAUAUUGCUCUGGAUGAAGAUGAUCUGAAGUUAUUUCGUAUCGACAAGGCUGGAGACUGGACUAAACCAUCCAUGGAGGAGAUGAGACAUGAAACUGGUGGGCUUGAGGAGCCAUCUGUGAGGUGGUCGAAUACUACAGCCUCCAAUACCAGCAGCCAGGUGGCUAGAAAGGAUGGCAAGGAAGAUGCCAUGCUUCUGCAUGGCCCUGGGACCUCAGACACCACAGCCAAGCCCUCUGCCCGAGUCCGAAGAGCCACAACCUCAAGGACAGAGCGGAUAUGGCCUGGAGGAGUCAUUCCUUAUGUCAUCGGAGGGAACUUCACUGGCAGCCAGAGGGCCAUUUUUAAGCAGGCCAUGAGGCACUGGGAAAAGCACACCUGUGUGACCUUCAUAGAGAGGACUGAUGAGGAAAGCUUUAUUGUGUUCAGCUACAGGACCUGUGGCUGUUGUUCCUAUGUGGGACGCCGAGGAGGAGGUCCGCAGGCCAUAUCCAUUGGGAAAAACUGUGACAAGUUCGGCAUUGUGGCCCAUGAGCUUGGCCACGUCGUUGGGUUCUGGCACGAACACACCCGGCCAGACAGAGACCAACAUGUCACUAUCAUCAGAGAAAAUAUCCAGCCAGGUCAGGAGUACAAUUUCUUAAAAAUGGAAGCCGGUGAGGUGAGCUCUCUGGGAGAGACCUACGACUUUGACAGCAUCAUGCACUACGCCCGGAACACCUUCUCAAGAGGAGUUUUCUUAGAUACCAUCCUCCCCCGUCGAGACGACAAUGGCGUCAGGCCAACCAUUGGCCAACGCGUGCGGCUCAGUCAGGGAGAUAUAGCUCAAGCCAGGAAGCUGUACAAAUGCCCAGCAUGUGGAGAGACCCUGCAGGACACAACAGGAAACUUUUCGGCACCCGGUUUCCCAAAUGGCUACCCUUCCUACUCACACUGUGUCUGGAGGAUCUCUGUCACUCCAGGGGAGAAGAUCAUCCUGAAUUUCACAUCCAUGGAUUUGUUUAAAAGCCGCCUGUGCUGGUAUGAUUAUGUGGAAGUCCGGGAUGGUUACUGGAGAAAGGCCCCCCUGUUGGGGAGGUUUUGCGGGGACAAGGUCCCUGAGCCACUCAUCUCCUCUGACAGCCGGCUCUGGGUGGAGUUCCGCAGCAGCAGCAGCAUUCUGGGAAAGGGCUUCUUUGCAGUAUAUGAAGCCACCUGUGGGGGAGACAUUACCAAAGAUGCAGGUCAGAUUCAAUCUCCCAACUACCCCGAUGACUACAGACCUUCCAAGGAAUGUGUGUGGAGGAUCACGGUGGCGGACGGGUUUCAUGUGGGACUUACCUUCCAAGCUUUUGAGAUUGAAAGGCAUGACAGCUGUGCUUAUGACUACUUGGAAAUCCGGGAUGGUCCCACAGAGAACAGCACUCUGAUUGGCCACUUCUGUGGCUAUGAGAAGCCAGAGGCUGUGAAAUCCAGUGCCAAUCGACUGUGGGUGAAGUUUGUGUCUGAUGGCUCCAUCAACAAAGCGGGCUUUGCAGCCAAUUUUUUCAAGGAGGUAGAUGAGUGCUCCUGGCCAGACCAUGGUGGGUGUGAACAGCGCUGUGUAAACACACUGGGCAGCUACUCAUGUGCCUGUGACCCUGGCUACGAGUUGGCCGCCGACAAGAAGACAUGUGAAGUGGCCUGUGGUGGAUUCAUUACCAAGCUGAAUGGCACCAUCACCAGCCCGGGGUGGCCGAAGGAGUACCCCACAAAUAAGAACUGUGUCUGGCAGGUGGUGGCCCCCGUGCAGUACCGCAUCUCCUUGCAGUUUGAAGCAUUUGAACUAGAAGGCAAUGACGUCUGUAAAUAUGAUUUCGUGGAGGUGCGCAGUGGUCUGGCCCCUGAUGCCAGUCUUCACGGCAAGUUCUGUGGCUCCGAGACACCCGAGGUCAUCACAUCGCAGAGCAACAACAUGCGUGUGGAGUUCAAGUCUGACAACACGGUCUCCAAACAAGGCUUCAGGGCCCACUUCUUCUCAGACAAGGACGAAUGCGCCAAGGAUAACGGCGGGUGCCAGCAGGAGUGUGUCAACACAUUCGGGAGCUACCUGUGCAGGUGCAGGAACGGGUAUCGGCUGCACGAGAACGGGCACGACUGCAAAGAAGCUGGCUGUGCACACAAGAUCAGUAGUGCAGAGGGGACCCUGGCGAGCCCCAAUUGGCCUGACAAAUACCCCAGCCGGAAGGAGUGCACCUGGAACAUUUCUUCAACCGCCGGCCACAGAGUGAAACUUACAUUCAAUGAGUUUGAGAUCGAGCAGCACCAGGAAUGUGCCUAUGACCACCUGGAACUCUACGAUGGGACUGACAGCCUGGCCCCCAUUCUCGGCCGCUUCUGUGGCAGCAAGAAACCAGACCCUGUAGUGGCUUCAGGCAGCAGCCUGUUCCUCAAGUUUUACUCGGACUCCUCAGUGCAGAGGAAAGGCUUCCAGGCUGUGCACAGCACAGAGUGCGGGGGCAGGCUGAAGGCUGAAGUGCAGACCAAAGAGCUCUAUUCCCACGCCCAGUUUGGGGACAACAACUACCCGAGCCAGGCCCGCUGUGACUGGGUGAUAGUGGCGGAGGAUGGCUAUGGAGUAGAGCUGAUAUUCCGGACCUUUGAAGUCGAGGAGGAGGCCGACUGUGGCUACGACUUCAUGGAGGCCUAUGAUGGCUAUGACAGCUUGGCGCCCAGGCUUGGCCGCUUCUGUGGCUCAGGGCCAUUAGAAGAAAUCUACUCUGCGGGGGAUUCCCUGAUGAUUCGAUUCCACACAGAUGACACCAUCAACAAGAAAGGCUUUCAUGCCCAGUACACCAGCACCAAGUUCCAGGAUGCCUUGCACAUGAGGAAAUAGCACCGAAGUUCUAGAAAUAAGAACUAAGAAUGUUUUUAAAAUAGCACCUUGUGAAUCAGCAGGCCCCAAACAGUGUAUAGUAUUUUUCUCAACAACAAAAACUCAAAAUGCAUUCUUGAAACUAUAUAUUUGGAUGAAAGUACAUGGCACUGACCAACAGGAGGAGCAAAAAAAUGUCCCAUUGGUUCUGGCUGCAGUGUUACCAAUCACAACUUCUAAAAGAGACUGGAGGUUUGAUAUCAGGGACCACACAAGCUAUGCUUGUCCACGUUUGCUCUCCAUCCCUUGCUCCUAUGGGGCAAAAAGCUAAUCUGGGUCUGCUCCCUCCUCUGCUCUGGACUCACUUCCAUAGUGCCAGGCAACAUGAGCCUAUCCUAGAGACUCAGCUGCCUACCAUCCACACUGAGCAUUGACGUAAUAGCUUGGCUGUGGCAGAGUUGUUACAAGUUUUACUUUCCUCUGCCAGGGACAAGCCAACCAGGAAACCCAGGAACAUGGAUGUGAGGCAUAAAAGAGGCAUUCCAGUGCACAGAGGAGCUCAGCAUGGGAAAUCUCAAGACUUUCCUCUAUCACUGACUGUCCUCACCCCCUCUAGCGCUCCAUUCCUAAUUGCAGUAAGGAGAAUCCACUGUCAAUAUCUGCAGAACACUUGCUGGUGAGAACCCCCAGGUUGCUGAGAAGAAGAUGUCCUGGCUCAUUCUGAUAUUCCUUUACUCACUGAGAUAGAGAAGGUGCCACUUGCUCUCUGGGUUCCAGCGGCUUCCAAAGACCUCCAGCUGUGGAAGUGCCUGCUCCAGUGAAACUUGACCCCUCAACAGCCGGUUCAAACUGGUUCUACAAGACUUGCAAAGUCAUCUCAGGUCCAAUUCAGGUCUUGAUUGGGUUAAAAACUAGUAAUUCCAAGUUACGUGAGAAUUGCCAUCUUAUGGAACAAAUCCAUCCAUGGCUCACUUCAUGUAACCCGGCAGGUUGAAGAAUGCGUUGGUAACUUUGCUUGGACUAACCAUCACUCAGUCACCAACUUGCAACCAGAAUUCGCAACACUUUGUGGCACUUAUUCUAGAGAAGUGUAGAGGAUGAGAUGUUUACAUAAUUUUAGCACCUCAAGGUAUAACUGAUACAGUAAAAUAGUUUUGAAUGGCAUUUCAUUAAGGCAUUUCUGGGCAUUAUGAGCUAAAAGCUGUGGUGUGUUAGCUUUAAAAGAGUAUUUAUGUUGGAAUAAUUUUAAAAUAAUGUUUACAUAACAGCAAGUCCUGUUGGGUUGUGUUGAACGCAGAGUGACACACCAGAGUGUUUCCGAUUAGAGAGGACGUAGCUCCCAAGCACCCGAAUUCCUUUGGGAUGACCCAUCACUUUAAACAAAAUGUUGGUGACCAUCUGAAGGUUCUAUUAUUUAAAGAUCAUAAUUUGCCACCAGAGGAUUACGUCCAAGUGAAGUGAUUGCGGGGAGUUAAAACUAGAAUGGGACAAAGAAGAGGGAAAGAAGUGCAUGAGAUUAUUUUUCCUUAAAACAGAAAAACAAAGUAUUAUUAUUAAUAAUAUAUAUCUGUAUAUAUGUAUAUGUAAGCAUCAGCUGUCAAAGCCUUAAUCAGGGCAGCAUGAAAAGUGCCAACCCACUGGCUGUGGCUCAUCAUCAGACCUCCGGUGCUGGCCCCACAGGCUCUGCCUCUUCUUUUACCCAGCUCUCUCUGGCUUUUCUUGGCCCUGGAGAAACCCCAAGGCUCAGUCUCCAUCCUCAUGUCCUGAUUGAUUGCUGGCUCACCCACCCAGGAAGAGCUUUAUAUAAGAAAUGGAGCAGCUCAGCCCUUGGUUCUGAUCCUCUAAGUCCAUUGUAGUGGAUCCCAUCUCUAAUUUUUGUGUUUUCUGAGGUUUCCUUUUUGUCUCAUCUUGUCUGUCAAAGGUGAAACUGAAAUCAAGAUGCACAAAGUAUGUGUUAACUGCCUGUCUCCAAGGAGAGGAAAAUUGUGCAUUUUUUACUUUUAGACAUCUAAAUAAGAUGAACAAAUUCCAUGGAAAAUGGGAGGCAGGGAAAGGAGUUGGUUUCACCACCCUGCUGGCACACUGAUAGUUCUCUCUUUAGUGCGAACAUUUCAGAAACACAGCUUUAGCAGUGGUCACUACCUGGCCAACUUACAACAAUGAAGCUCUUCUGAAAGCCCUUAUUUAGACCUCCAAGUGACAUGUUCCCAGAAGACAGCCCCUGAUUCAACUGGGGCUGCUGGGCCUCUCCUCUAGAAGCUGGCACCCACGGGGACUUGCACAUGACACAAGUCCUGCAAAGAGCCACAGGCUGACCUCCAAGAGAUAGUCCACUCAGCAGAAAGACUCGGGUGCCCACCUUGACCCUUCCAAUUGCUCAGUGACCCUCCUGAAAAUGUCCCUGGAAGUGGAUGGAUGGAGGAGCUAGAGGAUUAUCCUUUAGCUUACUUUGUCCUUUGACCAGAUACCAGGGCUUGAGGUGUCACAGAGCUCUAAGACUAGAAAACUGUCUUUUGGACAAAUGACCCAAUGAAAUAUUUGGAGUCUGAGUCUCCAGCCUCUGAGUCUAGUGUACUCUGAGCUAGCAGAAUCUUGAACCUGUAUCCCAAGGCAGAGAAGGAUCUGGAAUCAGCUUUAGGCAGAACUUCUCCAAACAGAAGAGGCAAGUCUGUGCGUUGAUUCGCUAUUUUCUCUAAAAUUUCCUUCUAUUUCAGUAUUUCCCUCUAAGUUUCGUAGUAUUCAUAAAUUGCUCAGCCUGUUUAAAUAAUUCACUAAGCACAGUUAGCCAGUGAGUUCACAUGGGAACAUGCUUUCGGUCUGGCCCCUUUGCUCCCCUUUAGACAGCUCUCAUUAUCUUAGUGCAGUUUGGGAACAGAAGUUUCCUUAGCUUCUACAGAUGGUUUUAAAAUUUGCUUUGUUGACUGAACUCUCAACAGUAUCCAAGAAAGGAAAGAAAGAAGAAAAGGCGUUUAAAGUGUUACCUCUAAGGGUUUUUUUUUUUUUUAAUUUUGAGUAAUUUUACAUUUUAUGUAAAAUGUCAUUCGAAGAGAACAUGGGGACGAGAUAACCCCUGUCUGUCUAGAAAGGAUGGUUUCA